AUGGCCGCGGAGGCGGUGAAGGUGGUCGUGCGCUGCCGGCCCAUGAACCUGCGCGAGCGGGAGCUGCACUGCCAGCCUGUGGUGACGGUGGACUGCGCGCGCGGCCAGUGCUUCAUCCAGAACCCGGGCGCCGCCGACGAGCCCCCCAAGCAGUUCACCUUCGACGGCGCCUACCACACGGACCACGUCACCGAGCAGAUCUACAACGAGAUCGCCUACCCGCUGGUGGAGGGUGUCACCGAGGGCUACAAUGGCACCAUCUUUGCCUACGGCCAGACGGGCAGCGGGAAGUCCUUCACUAUGCAGGGCCUGCCGGACCCGCCCUCCCAGCGGGGCAUCAUUCCCAGGGCCUUUGAGCACGUGUUUGAGAGUGUGCAGUGCGCAGAGAACACCAAGUUCCUGGUGCGGGCCUCCUACCUGGAGAUCUACAAUGAGGACGUGCGGGAUCUGCUGGGGGCAGACACCAAGCAGAAGCUGGAGCUGAAGGAGCACCCGGAGAAGGGCGUGUAUGUGAAGGGGCUGUCCAUGCACACGGUGCACAACGUGGCACAGUGCGAGCGCAUCAUGGAGAUGGGCUGGAAGAACCGCUCGGUGGGCUACACCCUCAUGAACAAGGACUCCUCACGCUCCCACUCCAUCUUCACCAUCAGCAUCGAGAUCUACGCUGUGGAUGAGCGGGGCAAGGACCACCUCCGCGCGGGCAAGCUGAAUCUGGUGGACUUGGCGGGCAGCGAGCGGCAGUCCAAGACGGGAGCCACCGGGGAGCGGCUCAAGGAGGCCACCAAGAUCAACCUGUCGCUGUCAGCGCUAGGCAAUGUUAUCUCGGCGCUGGUGGACGGGCGCUGUAAGCACAUCCCGUACCGCGACUCGAAGCUCACCCGGCUGCUGCAGGACUCGCUGGGCGGCAACACCAAGACGCUGAUGGUGGCCUGCCUGUCGCCUGCCGACAACAACUACGACGAGUCCCUGAGCACGCUGCGCUAUGCCAACCGGGCCAAGAACAUCAAGAACAAGCCGCGCAUCAACGAGGACCCCAAGGACGCGCUCCUUCGCGAGUACCAGGAGGAAAUCAAGAAGCUCAAGGCCAUCUUGGCCCAGCAGAUGGGCCCGGGCGGCCAGACAGCCCUACUGUCUGGCCAGGAGCCCCAGCGUCCCGGCCAGGGUGAGGAGAAGCUGAUCCCACCUGUGACCCAGCAUGACGCUGAGGCUGAGAAACAGCUCAUCCGGGAGGAGUACGAGCAGCGCCUGGCCCAGCUGAAGGCCGACUACCAGGCGGAGCAGGAGUCCCGGGCGCGGCUGGAGGAGGACAUCACGGCCAUGCGCAAUUCGUACGACAUGAAGCUGUCCACACUGGAGGAGAACCUGCGCAAGGAGACAGAGGCCAUGCUGAAGGCAGAAGUCCUCUACAAGGCUGAGGUCAUGUCCAGGGCCGAGUUUGCCAGCCGGGCAGACUUCACUCCCGCCUUCCAGUAUGAGCUGGUGGACAGGCCCGAGGUGUUUUGCAUGCCCUGUGAGCCGCCCGCGGAUGCCCACGCCCCGGCGGAAGGCUCUGCCUCCUUCGAGGAGCUGCCCAAGGCGGAGGCCUCCAGAUCCGAGGCGUCCUUCUGGUCCAACGAGUCGUCCACGUUUGAGGACGAGGUCCUUCCUGGGCCUACGGAGCCUGUGCACGGGGCGGAGUCCGAGAUGGAGCCCGGGAGCGAGUACUUCCCGCCCGAAGGACUAGGGGCUCAGGCCAUGCUCUGGUCGGAGGACACCGGCUUCCAGGAGGAGGAGCUGCCGCUCACGUCCCUGCAGAUGCUGCCUGACCCCUUUGCCGAGGUGGAAGCCAAGCUGGCCCGGCUCUCCUCAUUCACAGCCAGGACGGAAGAGCCCCGGACCGCAGGGGCCGAGAUCCUGUCGCAGCUCCCCUCUCCAACAGAAGUGCCUGAGCGCAGUGACACAAGCUCGACCAUCGAGCUGGCCAAGGACCCCCCACCCAGGAUGGAGGCUGAGCUGGCCCUGGACAUGGCCGAGGAGGUGGAAGAGGUGUUGUCCACUGCCGGCCCUGGAGCGUGGCUGGAGCCUGAGUCGCAGGUGGUAGUGACGGCUCCAGAGCGACCCCAGCUGGCCACAGCAGGCAUGACAAGGGAGAGCACGGACGAGGUGGUAGUGCUCACUGAGGACCUGCCGCCCAUGGUGGACCAGCAGCAGGUGCUCGCCCGGCUGCAGCUGCUGGAGCAGCAGGUGGUGGGCGGGGAGCAAGCCAAGAACAAGGCCCUGAAGGAGAAGCACAAGGGGCGCAAGCGCUACGCAGAUGAGCGCCGGAAGCAGCUGGUGGCCGCACUGCAGAGCGCAGACGAGGACGGCGGCGACUGGGUACUGCUCAACGUCUACGACUCCAUCCAGGAGGAAGUGAGGGCCAAGAGCAAGCUGCUGGAGAGGGUGCAGAGGAAGCUGCGGGCUGCAGAGGUGGAGAUCAAAGAUCUGCAAUCGGAGUUUGAGCUGGAGAAGAUCGAUUACCUGGCCACCAUCCGGCGGCAGGAGCGCGACGCCAUGUUCUUCCAGCAGCUGCUGGAGCAGGUGCAGCCCCUGAUCCGGAGGGAUUGCAACUACAGCAACCUGGAGAGGAUCCGGCGCGAGUCCUCCUGGGAUGAGGAUAAUGGCUUCUGGAAGAUUCCAGAGCCCGUCAUCAUGAGAACCAGCCUCCCAGUAGCAGUUUCCACCGGGCCGCAGAACAAAACCCCGCGAAAAGCCUCUGCAGCUGACACUGGUGAGGCCGACCUGGAAGAAGACCGCUACCGCGUGAUGCUAAGUCGGAGUGACAGUGAGAACAUUGCCAGUAACUACUUCCGGUCCAAGCGGGCCAGCCAGAUCCUGAGCACGGAUUCCAUGAGGAGCCUCGGGCACCACAACUCGCCACCAGGCCUCAGCUCCCCGCUGGGCAACAGCUUGGCCAUCCCACCCACCCAGGCCACUGAGCUGCCCCAGCCCCGGCCCUUCCGCCUCGAGUCCCUGGACAUCCCCUUCGCCAAGGCCCGGCGGAAGAAGAGCAAAAGCAGCUUUGGCCUCGAGCCUCUGUGA